GCGUGAGCGACAGCUGCUAGUUCAUUGGCGUCCAUUUCAUCCAAAUACUAUUAUCUCUCUCUUUCUACUAUUCACAUAACUCCGUCGUGGACAUGUUUCCCCGCUAUGACGUCACGUGAGAGCGAGUUUUAGGGCGAGGUUUUUCAGUUUUAACCCGCAAAGAUAAACAGCGUAGUGGUAGAUUGUGUUUGUACGCGGCUGUUUUCAUGUUAUUUACGUGUGUUGAGGACCAAUUCAUCAACAGCAGGAUGUGAGCUACCUUCGUCACUUCACUCUGCAGGAAUGAGAUGCCCAGUCGUCCAGUCACCAUGGUAACAUCACAUCUAUGACGUAACUGCAACCACUUCUUGAUCAGUCGUCUCUGCCAGAUGAACAACCGUCGGCUCCCCCCGCUGCCCUUCAAGGGGAAGAGGGCACUCACCCCCCGGGCGAGUCAGCGGUCGCCCAGCUCGCCACAGCCACUUCCGGUGCCAGAAAUGGUCAUCACAGGUUACAGCACUAUACAAGGGUCUGGUAACCAUGGAGGCAACCUAGGAGGCAUAAACAAUGGCAGAAUAAACCUUCAUGACCUGAACCAGGACCUUGUAUCGGAGUACCUCGACCACAACCCUGAGUUCCUGGACCACUAUGUCCACGCCCGGGUCAGUCUGGACCAGAUUGACCGAUGGCAGCUGAGGAAACUCCGGCCACCAUCGAGAUACAACAACCGGCCUCAGUCAAUGGAACACCUCUCAGUCAAUGGUGAAAACCAUGGUGAUAAUAAAUCAAGUCUUUCAAAGUGGAAGUCCCGAAUUCAGUCGAGCCGUGGUCGAGUGCUACAGGAGUUAGCCAGGGAGGUUUACCAGCCCAAUGGGAAAGCCAUUAUCCUGCACGAGCUGGCUGGCUGUGUGUGUUCAGCGAUCAAUGCAGAUGGAUAUAAUCUUUAUAUUGUGGAUGAAAACAAAAGGGAAGUGAUGUACGUGCCAAAUGUUAACAGUAGUAAGCCGAUGUCCAGUAGUGGUCCGAGUAAUGGCGACCGGAUCUGUCUGGGGACGACAGUAGCAGCACAUGUAGCACACACACAGGAAACAGUCAGGUUAAAGGAUCCGCAUGGGGACGGUCGGUUCCCUGAGGGUUUGGGACACGGCAAUAUCAAGGUUCAUUCAGUGCUAGCCCUGCCACUGCAGGAUGGCAGGGGGUCCUUAUUAGGUGUAGUAGAAUUUUACAGAAACUUUAAAUAUACGUCAUUUACAGAAGAAGAAGAAGAGGGUGCUGAGAGAAUACUAGCUUGGGGUGGACUGGUUUUGUUUUAUACAGAGGUUCAUAGCAGUAUGUUAAAACAAAGAAAACUCAAUGAGUUUUUAUUAACAGUCACAAAGUCCGUUUUUCAAGACAUCAUCAGCAUGGAUACUGUCAUCAUGAAAAUAAUGAAUUUUGCACAAAAGUUGGUGAAUGCGGAUCGAGCUUCACUGUUCCUAUUGGAUCACCACCGGCAGGAGUUAUUUGCACGUAUUUUUGACGUCGGGAGCACUAUGGGUGUUCCUUCACCUGAAAGUAGUCAGCAGAAAGAAAUCAGAUUCCCCAUGGGCAAAGGCGUGGCUGGCCACGUCGCCACCACUGGGGAGGUUCUCAACAUCCAGGAUGCCUAUGGGGACAUCCGGUUUAACCGCGACGUAGACCUACAGACUGGCUACAGGACCAAGAGCAUACUGUGUAUGCCCAUCUACAUCAGGGGGAACAUCAUCGGAGUGGUUCAGAUGGUCAACAAGAUGAGUGGACCAUUCACUAGGGCAGAUGAGGAAGCCUUUGAGACCUUUGCUAUCUACUGUGGCCUGGCACUGCAUCACGCAAAGCUGUAUGAGAAGAUUCGGCGGUCAGAACAGAAGUACAAGGUGGCACUGGAGGUGUUGUCCUACCACAGUCAGUGUUCUGAGGAGGAGAUGAUGUCACUGCGCUCCAGCCCAGUACCUCAUGACAUGCAUGCAAUCACAAGUUAUGCCUAUUCCCCUUGGGGUAUUGACAAUGACGAAAAGCCACUCUAUGUUCUCUACAUGUUCAAGGACCUGUUUGGCACAAUGAGUUCUGUCAGUGAUCCAAGGUUUGACACGGAUGCUUUGAUUCGGUUCACGCUGACUGUGCGGAAGAACUACCGCAAUGUGCCCUACCACAACUGGGUUCAUGCGUUUUCAGUGGCGCACUCCAUGUACACAGUCAUCAAGCGGGCAGCCCACCAGUUCACUCCACUUGAGAGCCUGGCACUGUUUGUGGCAUGCCUGUGUCAUGACUUGGAUCAUCGCGGGAAGACCAACGCCUUCAUGGUGAAGAGUGCCUCCCCCUUGGCAGCCAUCUACUCCACCUCCACCAUGGAACAUCAUCACUUCAACCAGACAGUCGCGAUACUGCAGCAUGAAGGUCACAAUAUCUUCAAGCACCUGUGUUCAGAAGAAUACAAAAAGGUUCUGGGUGACAUCCGGCACUGCAUUCUGGCUACAGACCUGGCACUGUUCUUUGGGAACAGAGCCAAGUUAAAGGACAUUGCAGACAGGAAUGACUUUUCAUGGGACAUACAGGAACACAGACAUAUGCUAAUGACUGUUUCCAUGACCGCAUGUGACCUUUGUGCCAUGUAUAAGCCCUGGGACACGCAGCUUAACCUCGUUUAUGUCAUUAUGGAAGAGUUUUGGCAGCAGGGAGAUGAGGAGAAGGAACAGGGCAUGACCCCCAUGGCAAUGAUGGAUCGGGACAAGAAACAUGAACUACCACAGCUGGAGGUGGGCUUCAUUGUUGGCAUAUGUCUGCCCUGUUAUGAGUUGCUGGCCCAGAUUCUUCCUGCGACUACACCAAUGGUCGAAGGAAUAAGAGCAAACUUAUCCAAAUGGCAGGAAAUGGCUGAGGAAGCCAAGGAAGAAAGCAAGUGAGAGAAAGUGUUGCCUUAAGAAACUAAGUCAAAAGAAAAAAGUGCUGACUAAGGGCAAAAGAGAAGCUUUUCAAGUGGAAAUGACAAAUGAAGAUAAUGCCUUUGGGAUGCAUUAAAGGACAUGGCUAUCUUCCUGGAACUGGCCCCCAUGAUGUCAGGUGGUAUGGACACAGCUGCUGUGAAGACAUGUAUGUGCCUGACUCCAUUGUAACACUGAAGUCUGGACUGAGUGCACAGGGGACAUGGAGCUGGUUCAGUCGGAGCAUGUCGGAACAAUACAGUUUACUGUGAAUCAUUGUGAGAAGACUUUUGAUUUGCUCAGUGAAUGGAGUUCACCUUGGACUCCAAAACAUGGGACAUAGGAAGGUCUCAAGUGGAUAUAUAUUGGUAUGGUUCAUUACCAUGCAAGAUAUUUACAGUGUGCAAAAAGGACAUCAAAAUGUUAUUGUGGAUACAUGGGUAUCUUACUUGUUGGAAUGUUGGAAUUGUCAGGUAGACGCUAUGACUUAAAUACCUCAGAGGCAUGAUAUAUUCCUGAGGAAUAUUAGGAUGAUGAUACCAUCCAAUUUGCAUAACAAUGUAUCCUUCUUUAUCUUCAUUAUAUUUGCUGGCACAAAUAUAUAUAUACAUCAUCAUGUUCCUAUGUACUAUACCUCCUUUAUCAAGUGGAUCACCUUUAAAGCUAACUGGGGGAGCAAUGUGCCUCUUGUAUGUAUUAGAGGUUGAACAGUCAGCUUAGAUCACAGUGCCACCUGGAUGACAGCAAGGGAGCUAUCCUUUAUCAAGUGGAUCACCUCCAAGGCGAACUGGGGGAGCAAUGUGCCUCUUGUAUGUAUAAGCAACGUUAGAAAUUGGCACUAGUCCUAUAGUCCUUGCCAAACUGCCCAAUAGUUAUUAUAAGGACCAGUAGAAAUUUUCCCUUAUAAGGCUUUUACUAUUUGUUUUCAUUUAUAUAAGGACUAGUGGAUUUUUGUUAGUUUUUAUCAGUGAUAAGGCAAUUAAAGCAAUGCAUACAGGACAGUCAGCUAAGGUCUCUGUGUCACCUGUCUGGAGGUGAUAGCAAUGGAUAUAAAUGUGUGUGGAAUGCAAUGUGGAACCUGAGCUUUUCUUGUAAUAAAUGAUGAUUGAGAGGACUGGGACAUGAACGUAGUUGCCAGAACAAAAUAUUCCUUUUAUCCUGACACAGUACUGUCCCAUGUCCUCUGUCUUUGAGCACAGCCAAAUACUUCAAAACAGUUUUUCCUUAACCUAUAUGCUUGGUGUAAGAGGCGACUAAUGGGAUAGACUGGUCAGGCUCGCUGACUUUGUUGAUGCAUGUCAUCGUUUCCCAAUUGAAUUGUGUGGAUCGAUGCUUAUGAAGUCAAUCACUGGAUUGUCUGGUCCAGACUCGAUUGUUUAAAGACCUCUGUCUUAUAGCUGGAAUAGUGCUGACUGCGGCGUUAAACUACAAACAAACAAACAAACAAAUCCUUUACCUCUCAAGGCCCACAAGCUUCUUGGCCUGUGUAAUACUUUAGUACGUACAGCUCAAGCAGCACUGCUGUAUUGGUGCAUUGGUAAGAGGACAAUUAUGGAGGAGGUAAUUGUGACCCAGAUGUACAACCUGCAAUGGACCAGAGCCUUUGGCUGUGUUCUUGUUAACGGAAUGGAGGUGAUAAAAUGUGUUCUGAUAACAUGACAUGACAAAGUUUUGUGUUUCACUGAAAUUUGUUUGUUUUUUUAUGAAUAUGCUGUAUGCUGACACAAAGAGAAUGAGGAGGUGACUGCAUUUAUUCUGUAAAAGUCACACAUGGAUGUAUCCAGCAAAUGUUCUCACGACUGUGAGUGAAUGUUACGAUGUUGUCUAAUGCCUGCCUCUGUCAGCAAUGUCGCUGCCAUGUGAUGGUUGACAUGUAAAUAAUCAUGUUAAAAGAUCCACACUGUUGGGGUAGGAUGGAAACUGCCCAGGUCACACAUUGUUGCCAACCAAUCCUUAUUUCUUACCACAAACCACGCCAGAAACCUAUGAUUGAGGGUUCGAUUCCUAGUUUGCCCCAAUUAUAAUUCUAGGGUUGUCAACACCAUACCCGUGCUUGUGGGUUUCACCAAAGUGGUAAACGUCUCAGACCUGCAUCACUUCAGCCGUUCCUCCUACUCUACCCUAACAUGCCCUGGAAAACUGUUCAAACCCAACUCACUCACUCUUACUACGAGCAAUGGGUACUGAGGACUUGUUCUAUGGAAUCCUCACUUGGGAUACUAGGGAUCCACCGAUGUUCAGUUUGUAGUUUCGUUGGAAGUGUAACAUGAAAUUUUGUGUCGACUUUGAUUUGUCAUUAGAUACUUGGGAUCUUACCACCGAUGUUCAGUUUGUAGUUUCGUUGGAAGUGUAACAUGAAAUUUUGUGUCGACUUUGAUUUGUCAUCAUUAGUCAUAUCAGUGGAAUUUGAUUGACUUGCGAUGUUAACGGAGGACAUUUCUAUUAGACAGAGUUUUUAAGUUCACAGCAGUGGUAAAGUGUUUAAGGAAAACUAUUGAACUGUUAAACAUCAUGUUCAUUAUCACUCAAGAUCACUCUGGCUUUUGUCCAAAAAUAUUUGUUUGUUAUUGACUUCUAAACUAUGACAAUGAAAUACCAGAUUCAAUUCAGAAAUUAACUCCAAUUCUUCCUUGUAGUAUUUCAUUUGAAGCUUUGAAUGAUAUGUUGAUUGGACAGUGUAGAGACUAUUGCUGACAGGUAGAGAGAGGCUUGUUUGUCUCAUUUGGUGUAUCACAAUCCGUUAUAUUUUAAAGUAAUUAGUUUUUGAAUAACUGGUCUUUAACAUGUGAAUCCAAGGGUACAAUUGUUGCACAUGUGUGACUCCUGGGGGCUGGUAAGGAAAACUUGAAUAAUAAUACCCUGAUAUGUGAGGAUGGAUCACCACCAUGUGCUUCAUUAUAAUGAUGUACAUAUUCCUGGUAUAUGUAUUUAUUACAUACAUACUUUGUGUUUGUGAUUGCGUAAAGUGUUCAACUGUGUUGUGAUUUGAGAAUGGUAUUCCUUGGUAUGGGACAGACAUCGAAGUACUUCUAUGUCUCAAUUGACUGUUGAGAUCACCGGUUUGUAUUAAUGAAACUCCAUGUCAUUGAUGUCCGAUGUAUGUAUAUCUUACAGCUGCCUGCAGUGAUUGGACAAAAAUAAACAAUUUCAAUAUGA